CCCUGCUCCCCCUCCACCUCCACCUCCACCUCCUCGCCUCCCUCUCAGCACGCUGACGCUCUGUGUGGCGGUUGCCCGUCCUCUGGCUCCUCCCUGCAGGCUAACGGCCUCUGGCCCGGCGCGCAGUCCGGAGCCGCCCAGCCCACGCCGUGCUGGACCGGCCAGCCCAACACGCCGUGCUGGACUGGGACGCAACCGGCCCAGACCUCCGUCGGUGCUCCGGUUUCGUUUCCGGCCCAAGCGCCCGCCACAACCGCGGCACCGGCUCAAGGGGCAGCUCCGGCUGCCGUGCAGCCCUGCUGGCCAGGAACCCAGUGCCAGCCUCCCCAGUACCAGUCUCCCCAGUACCAACCACCCCAGUACCAGCCUCUCCAAUACCAGUCUCCCCAGUACCAAACUCCCCAGUAUCAGCCUCCUCAGCCCCAGCCAGCCCAGUACCAGCCUGCCCAGUACCAGCCUGCCCAGUACCAACCAACACAGCCCCAGCCUGCCCAGUACCAGCCUGCCCAGUACCAGCCUUCCCACCCCAGCCUGCCCAGUACCAACCAACACAGCCCCAGCCAGCCAGUACCAGCCUGCCCAGUACCAGCCUGCCCAGUACCAGCCUUCCCAGUACCAACCAACACAGCCCAGCCAGCCCAGUACCAGCCUGCCCUGCCGCCGGCUCCGAUCCCAGCACAAGCUCCGGCUCCGGCUCCGGCUCCGACUCCGACUCCACACCCGGUCCCGGGCCCGGCUCCUGGCACCAUCAGCCGCCCGAACGUGCAGCUGUGGCCCGGCCACCCCGGCUGGCCUUACAACCCGGGUCAGUCCGGGUGGCCGGGGCAGAAUCCAGCUGCCAUGCCUCCACACUGGCUGCCCCCCACAUCCGGACCUCUAAGCGUUCCAUACAACCUGAACUUGGCCCGAGGCGUCUACGACAAGAUGAUGAUGACCAUCCUGGGCCACGUCAAACCCAACGCCAAAAUGUUCACGGUGAACUUCCUGAGAGGCAGCGACAUCGCCUUUCACAUCAACCCCCGCUUCAGCGAGGGGGGCAAGCAGGCGCUGGUCCGCAACCACAAAGUGGGCGAGCGCUGGGGCGCAGAGGAGAGGGACCUGAAGGGGCCCUUCCCCUUCGCCCCCGGGAGCCCGUUUGAGAUGAAGAUCCUCUGCACUCAGGAGACGUUCAGGGUGGCGGUGAACAACGUCCCGCUGUUUGAGUUCAGACACCGGGUCAUGGAGCUCAACCAGGUCGACAGAAUCAACAUCCUGCACGACGUCGUCCUCACCUGCGUCAACGUGGAGACACUUCCGUAGGAACGCACAUUCUGUGUGUGUGUGUGUGUAGGCUGCAGGGACUAAACGUUUAUC